GAGGCAAUUGACAAGAUGGAGAGGAUGGAGAAGGACGUGAAGACAAAGAACCUUGAAUUGGCAGACAUGAUCCGCGAGAGGGACAGGGCCAGGUUUGACCUUGACAGGCUUAAAUCCAAUCAAAAGGAAGAGCUCGACAGGAUGCGCAGGGAACUCAACUUUGCUAAUGAGAGACUGGACGAUGCUACUCGUUCCAAAUCUAAUGAAGUGUCUAGCAUGUCCUCUGUUUACAAACGUCAAAUACAGGAGUUGGAGGACUCCCUCAAGGCCAAGCAAUUGCGCAUCGAUGCAAUGACCGAAAAAAUGGACUCUGCGUCCGCUGAACUUGAGGCCCUUCGUGAUGAGAAGGACCAGGAGAUUAUGAUCUUGCAAGAGAGU